AUGGCGUGUAAACCGCCAAUCUACAACGGGGAGGUCGACCCGAUAAUAUGCCAAAGAUGGUUAAGCGAUGUUGAAGGAGUGUUUGAAAGGACCCAUUGUGACGUAAGUGACUUUGUUGCUUACGGAACAGGUCAGUUGAAAGGUCAAGCCAAAGAUUGGUGGGACAAUAAAAAGAAGGAAAUAGGAGCCGAAGCGGCAAGGGUCAUGACUUGGGAUGAGUUUUUAAGGAUCAAGGAAGAAUUCAUCCAGUUAAGACAAAAGGGUGAAACAAUCGAUAAGAUCACGGGCAUCUUUAUGGAUAAGUUGAGAUUCUGUGACGAGUUAGUCACCACUAAAGAACAGAAGAUAUAUUAUUAUUAUAACAUGUUGAGCGCUAAAUACCGGGAGUUCAUGACUCCAUCAAAGUACGAAACCCUCACGGAGAUCAUUAACACCGCCCGGGAGCGGGAGAUCGAGUUGAAGAAGCAGAUUGAGAGGGGCGAGCGAAGGGCACAGGAUGUGAAUCCAAGCCCUACAAAGAAAGCUCGAAUUGUUGAAUCGGGAAAGAAGGCGGAUGUAAAACGCGGGUCGCCGAGUUGCAAGCCCGGCCACAAAAAGUCUGAAUGCCCAGACUUAGUUGGAAAGAGAGACAUUAAAGAAUCUCCAACAGAAGCUCCAAAGGAGAAGGCUAUGUUGGAACCUUGA